UUGGGUCCCUCCGAAAAAGGGAAGAACAAUGGGCGAGGUUUCCAAAUCGACGAUGAAGAAGAGAAAGAAAAAGGGCCGUCCUUCUCUCUUAGAUCUCCAAAAGCGGUUCCUCAAACAGCAGAAGUUGCAGGAACAGCAUCAACAACCGCUUAACGCUUUCGACUUGGCCUCCAACCCUAAGAGUCCUUCAUCUUGCCAGAAUCGUAAUGUUCACCCCGCGACAGAGCGCGUCACCGGCGACGACGACGACGACGACGAUGACGACGAGCGCAUUGAGAAGAAGCACAAACCUUUACUUGCUUUAACUUCUCGCCAAAACUAUCCAACAUUGUCCGCUUAUUCUUUACGUAAAUCAGCCCCCUACGACGAAGAUUCCGAGUCGGCACUCAAACGUCGCAGAAUCGUUGCAGACCAGUUUGGAUCUUCAGAAGUGAGUGAGAAAACAUGGAAAGCGACAGACACUGCGAAUAAUGGGUCGCAGGUGGAGUCUGGUCCCACGACAACUUUGCCAGACAAAAAGUUGUUGAUUUUCAUCCUCGAUAGGCUUCAAAAAAAAGACACCCAUGGAGUCUUUUCCCAACCCGUCGAUCAAAACGAGCUUCCCGAUUACCAUGUCAUUAUUGAGAAUCCUAUGGAUUUUGGGACUGUGAGGGCCAAAUUAGAUGGGGGAGCUUACGCAAAUUUGGAACAGUUUGAGGAAGAUAUUUUUUUGAUAUGUUCAAAUGCGAUGAAAUAUAACGCUUCAGAUACCGUUUUCUUCCGUCAGGCACGAUCCAUACAAGAACUUGCGAAGAGGGAUUUUGAGAAUUUGAGGCGAGAAAGCAGUGAUGAAAGUGAAGCAGAACAGAAAGUUGUGAGGAGGGGUAGACCACCAGGAAAGAGCCAGAAGAGAUGUCUAGGAGGUCUUGGUAGUAACCCUCUUGAAAGCAGCAGCAUGGGGGCAGAGUUGUGCUCAGGUGCUACUCCUGCUUCUGGCGAUGAUUCCAUCAACGUCAAUGGCUACAAUUUGAGAAGGGCACGUUCUUCCUUCAGGCCCCUGCCUGAAGAUCCUCCAGUUAGGACAUCCGCAGCAGCUCAACAUGGCGAAACUUUGGCCAGCUGGUUGCCUGAAUGGAAAAAUGAAUUUCCAGCUUCAGUUUUGAAGGGUGUUCUUAAAAGUGGGAAGAAUGAUAAUAUGGGUGUGGAUGAGAAUAGACGUCAUACCUAUGGGAAUCAUUCACUGUCCUGUGGGAAUUUGUCAUCUGUCUUUGGUAACCUUGAUGGAGACUUGAAGCAACUAAUUACUGUAGGUUUGCAUGCUGAGCAUGGUUAUGUAAGAAGCCUAGCUCUGUUUGUAGCGGAUCUUGGUCCUGUAGUCUGGAAGAUUGCAUAUAAGAAGAUUGAAAGUAGUAGUCGGGAACUGGGGCGAGUACUGAUACAGGAAAUUGAAAUGCUGAAACAGCAACAGCGCAUGUUGCCUGCGGAUGGAGGAGGCUCAGCUGACACAAAAACAGCAGCGGAGAGCUUUAUCUGACUCACUCAAACAUUGGUUGGUAUUUCGAAUAACUUUUUUGGAACAAGGCGAAGAUGUUGAAACUGACGGAGUGAGAAUUUCCCAAAGCGAGACAAUAGUGCGAAGAUGGUGAUUUCUUCCCCCCAUCAUUUUUGACAAGAAAUGAGAAUGGCAAGACUUGAUGCCAUUAUUGGUGGGGAGUCGUCCUGUUCAAAAGACUCUUUCAGUGCCUUGUCAAAUGCAUAGUGCUUCUUUCCAAAGCCCUGCGCUGCUGGUGCUGAUGAUCUGGAUGAUUUACUAAGCCAAGCUGAAAUGCUGAAACCUGCAGCAGAAGAUGUGGGUCAGAUCAAAACACAACAAGAGCAGGGGCUUGGCAAGAAUUAUCAACCAACUCAUUCUGUGCAUUCAAUUAUCAGCUCAUUUUGGAUUAGGCGUAUACGAGUAAUGCUGCACAUUUUUCCACACUAUACCAUACGAGUAAUGCUGCAGCUCUGUACAGAUAAAGUAACUUCAGUGUCUCAUUUUCUCCAUCUUUAGACCAUAGGGAGUUGUGCAAUUACUUACUACAUGGACGGACCUCAUUUAUCUGUUCACCUGGUCAAAUCAAAACCUCAAUCGAUAAUCGAAUAGACUCAGAAAUUUUUAAUACAAAAACAUUGACUUUUGCGAA